GGAAGCUGUAUAAAUAUAAAUAAUUACGUCCAUAGCGUAACGCGAUAGUUUUGUUCAAAAAUGUGUUUUUUUAAAGAGGCGAAUAUUGUCUAUAUCGGCUGUUUUAUUGUUGCGUUGAGUCUGGCUCAAGAUUUGAUCGUCGACCUUCCCGAUGGAACAAUUCGAGGAUCCGAGAUCACCUUCCAGGACAAGCGUUAUUACGCUUAUAGAGGAAUUCCUUUUGCAGCUCCACCGAUCGGAAAACUAAGGUUUCAGAGUCCGGUACCGCCUAACCCGUGGGAUGGCAUCUUGGAGGCCAACGAAACACAACGCUGUUGUAUAUCCAUGUCACCAGAUAACCAGAUGAGUGAAGAUUGUUUGUACCUGAAUGUAUACACUCCUGCAAGAAAGAUCACCGAGAAACUACCCGUACUGUUCUGGAUAUACGGUGGUGGUUUCACCAUUGGAUGCACAUCCGACGUUCUAACUGGACCUUUCUAUCUCUUAGAUGAAGAUGUGAUAGUCGUGUACGCUAACUAUAGGCUGGGAUUGUACGGGUUCCUAUCCACUGAAGAUGAUGUAGUUUUGGGCAACGCAGGGCUGAAAGACCAGUUGCUGGCGAUGAAGUGGACUAAGAACAAUAUUGCUCUUUUUGGUGGAGAUCCGGAAAAAAUAACCAUAUUUGGCGAAAGUGCAGGCGGUAUUUCAGUGGGAGCACAUAUAGUCAACACAAAAUCGGCCGAGCUGUACAGAGCUGCAAUUUGCCAGAGCGGCUGUUCGCUGACUUAUAUUCCAAACGUUUCAACCCAGACUAACGCCCGACAGGCCGCUUACGACUACGCAAAAUAUGUGGACCCGACGAUUUCCGAACAAAACACGACCACUGAAAUUCGAGAUUUUCUACAAAGCCUACCGGCCAACGUGCUGACUCCGGCAUACAGCGCAAAUAGUCGUACAGGAAUAUCCAUUGAAGUUGAACACGAAGAUGCUUACGUCACAAACCUCAGUUUUCCUCUACUCGAGUCUGGAAACUUCAAUCAAGUCCCUGUAAUAAUUGGGACCACAUCAGCGGAAACACUCCCUCUGUUUGCUAUUCUGGGUGGAGAGUUAGCAGCCAGAGCAACAGCAGCAACUAUGGAUUCGGACUUGGCCUCCCUAAUACCGGCUGAUCUGGUACCAUUGCCGGGUACCAACGCAACGGACGUUGGGUCCCAAAUCAGGGAAGCAUACGUUGGUCCGAAUGGCACAUUCGGCGAACAUUUGGGUGCCGUUAUAGAAGCAAGUAUAACUAGCGACCAGCUGUUCGUGAGAUCAACGUUGAAACAGGCCGAAAUUCAGUCAAAUUUCGCUCCCGUAUACGUUUAUCAAUUUUCCUUCGCAGGUUCACUAAACUCUCUUCCCAGCAUCGAAGGUGCCGGAAGAGCGGGUCACGUAGAAGAUACGCUAUACCUUUUUAGCUUCACUCCUUUGGUCGCGGACCGUGACAUCUUGAUCAGCAAGCAGAUUGUGAAGCUCUGGGCUAAUUUUGCAAAAACAUUGAAUCCUACACCUGACCCAGCGGAUCCACUAUUCAACCUCACGUGGCCACAAGUUUCACCGAACAAUAUUCAGUAUUUAGAUUUCGAUGAUGAGAUCGCGGUGAAACCGAACAGAAAGGAAAAGCAAAUGGCCAUGUGGAAUGACGUUUACUACACGUACGGUCAGCAGCCUUUUCCUGGAUUUUAAAAUAGUUUUGAUUUUGAAUGAGAUUAUUAACAUGUGAAUUUUGGUACUACUAAAUAAAAUCUGAA